AUGGUAAGGGUAAAUGAAAAACCUAAUCAGUUAGACGAUGGUUUUAAUUCUGAUAUAAAAGGUAAAAUAGUAAGCAUUCCAUUGUAUCCACUAAAGCCUCAAACAAUUGACGGUGACGAUCCAUUCUUAAUUCAAAUAAAUGAGGUCAUUGCACUUGAUGCUAUAUACGGUAAUAUAAUAGUUCAUAAUGGAGGUGGGUUUAUUGUACCAGGAGCUUCUGGAAUAUCAGACUCUAAUAUACAAUUUUCCUCAAUUUACCAAACUUAUUUUGAUGAUAAGAAUGAUGUUGAUUACCAAGUCUAUUUUAUUCCUAAAGAAGUGACAAAUUCGGAACUAACUACUCUAGAUAUAAAAGAUAACUGCUUUAAUAGUAAAUUAGUGUUAUAUAGUUUAGUAUUGUCAAGAAAUGCAAGUGAUAGUGUAUCCUUUAAAAACCGGCGUUAUUGGCGUAGAAACCGUAUUUUUGCCAGAUUAUCCGUAUGUUAUCCUCAGAUAUACCCUGUCAAGAAUCCAACAUUAAUAUUUGAGUUUUCAUUCGAACUUCCCGAGAGUAUACUAAAUAAACUGGAAGAUGGAAUUGUAACUAUAUUGUGUAAUAGAAGUAGAAAUCAAGAAUGUAUUUUCCAAGUUUUAGAACAUUUAGAAGUAGUUCUCGAUGAUCUGUGUAAUUAUUUGCAACUUUCAGAAGAUCUCUGGGAACAAAUGAGGCGUGUUAAUUAUCAGAAAGAAUUUGAGAAACAUUUGGAAAGUAACAAUAUUUCGAAGACUACAUCAAAUGGUAUGACAAUUAACACUGAAGAAAACCCAUCUAUUGCUUCAGCUGAAGAUAUAGAUCCACUGUCAAUAAGAAAUUUUGUAAGGUUUUCCGAGAAAGUAGAGGCAAAAUUAUUUUAUGGUAGGAAGUCUAAUAUUGAAUCGGGACCUCUGGAUGAUGCUUUGCUAGGUGAUACAGAAUCAUGCAAUUCUUCAAAAAAAGUUGGAAAAUACUUAAAAUCAGAUGAAAUUUCCCAGGAAAAUGAUUCAUCAGUUGUUUUCCUUGAGGAAGAUAUAAGCAAGGAUGAAGGCUUCUUAUUAUCAUCAAGAUUUUACCGAGACUUCCAGCCCUUAAACUUAAUAUAUAAAUCUGAUUUUGUCCUGUGUACUAGUGCUUUACAUCAAAUAGACCAAAAUAUUUACCAUGUUAUUAGAUAUAAGAUUCCACCAAUUUUAAAUGAAUCUAUGAGAGAUGUAAUAUUCAGUCGAAUAUCAUCAUUAGCAAUGCUGCAACAUCGUUGUAUUACAAGGUAUUAUCAAUGUUGGAUAGAAAGUACAUUUGAUAAGAAAACUCGUGCAACUAAGAAUCUAUUCUUUUUCAUACAAUCUGAAUCACUAGGUAACAGUAAAACUUUGUAUGAGGAGGUUUUUAAAGGGAAAAUAUCUCAUAAAGAACCAGACAUAAUCUGGUCAUUACUAAGACAACUUUUGGAGCUAUUUUCAUAUUGCCAUAAAAAAGAUGUAUACCAUAUGGCAUUGUCUUCUAAGUGUGUUUAUUUAAAUAGUGAUUUAUAUGGAUUUUCCAUAAAGGUAUCAAAUUUUUUAUUUGGACCAUCGGAUAUGUUGACUUCUUCUUGGGACCACCUCACUAAAGAUUCUACAAGUAUAUUUAAAUCUUUUUCGAAGGAAAAUGCAAUUAAAUAUGACUUAUAUUGUAUUGGAAUGAUCUUUAUUGAAAUGUGGACAUCUGCAUUAAAAAUUGAUGAAACAAGUAAUACAUCAGAAUAUUUGCUUCAGUGGAUAUUAUCGGAUAAAAUUCAAUUAUUGGAAGAAAAAUGUAACUCUGUAAGUGAAAAUGAAGAGAGAGGUAGUAAAAUAGAUCACUACAAGUUUUCUGAAAUUCCAUCAGUCUUAUGCCAAAUUCCUAAGUCUGCUCUGAUUGUAAUGUAUAAACUUCUACACAAAGAAGACACACUAAAAAGUGCAAACGAGAUACUCCGAAGUACUCUUUUACCAUGUUCUGUUGACAAAGUUUCAUUUGAACUUUAUCUAUCAAUGCUAAAUUAUUCAGAUACCUAUGAAAGUAAUAUUACAAUGAAUACCUUAUUUUCAAGAUAUGUAGAUGAUAUAAGCUCAGCUGCCUUUUUGUUUGAUAUUCAACAAGAAGAAAAAUUAAACUUGAUGGAUUUGACAAUAAAUAAUAUUGUUAAAACAAAUAUAACUGAUGUUUUACAAACUCAUGGGUUUAUUCCUUCUUCAAUACCUUUAUUGUACCCUGUAUCAAAAUCUCUAUUAAAUUACUCAUCACCAUCCAACUUUGAGAAAUUACUUAUAAAAAGUAAGUAUCGAACAAGAAAUCCGCAUCUCCUAUUGGAUAUAUCUAAUACUCUGUUAGCAUUACCCGUGUCCAUUCCAGAUUGUAUUGCAAGUAUGGUUAGUACACUAUUUGAAGAACUUAACUCGAAUAGUAAUUCUGCAUCGGGAACUACUAUAAGCAACAAUUUAAAUACAAGCUUAUCAACGGACUCCAUUAUACAACGUUAUAAUUUACAAUCCAUAUAUGAACAACCUAAAAGUGAUGAUAAAAUAACAUUUGGUCCUCCAAGAUCUAACUUAGGCUUAACAUUUGAUAUCUUACUUUUUUCUCAAGAAAGUGAUACCUUAACAGAUUCAGAUUGCAAGAAAUAUUUAACAAAUUCAGGUAUAUCCUAUGAAAUCUUUCUAACUGAACUGGAAACAUUGCUACUUUCAAUUAGACUAAUUAUACCAUGGAUGAAUUAUUGGGAGGAUACACCUAUAGUGAGGUGGACUUAUCCACCUUUAAUUUUGGCCUUAAUUGAUGAUUGUUCAGCAAUAUCCUCUGAAACAAGCAAUAGUAGAUCCAUCUCAAACCAAAUAACAUCACCUCAUGCAAUAUAUGAAAAUAUGCGGAAAGAUUCAUGUAUUCAUCUUAAAGACAGCUUAAUGGAAUUAAAGCAAAUAUUGGGACAAAAAUUCAUGAUAAAUUGGGAGCCUGGAGGUGAUGGCUCAUUUAAGCUCAACAACAUUUUCGAGAAUUUACUUUACGAAAAACUACAGAAUUACAUGAAAUCAGAGGAAACCAACAAUUUAUUUAAGAUGUUGACAAUUGCGAUUGAAGUAAUGACGUUAACAUCAGGAUUCAUUUCUGAUGAAAGGACACGUGCUGAGUUUAUCUUUGACCCUCUAAUGGAAUAUGAUCAAUUUACUUAUGAUGUAACUGGAUUAAUAUAUAUUAUAAACUCUAACAGAAGUGACGAUGACAUUAUAUAUGCAAUGGGUGGAAGAUAUGACAAGAAACUACAGAAUUCCUUAAGUCAAUUUUUACAACCAAAUUCCUCAUCUCUAUCACAGUUACAAUAUUUGCAACCUCAAUUAAACUAUUAUAACUUCGAUCGAAUUAAUAAUCCCCAAUCAGCAUUAUCUUCAAGAAGCAUUGUGAAUAACACUGCAUGCUCUUCUUUAAUAACUAGUGUGUAUGGUAUCCUAGGUGAAAUUGCUAUUGAACUAAUAAUGAAAAAUACAAGUGAGAUGGCAAGAUCUCAUUCAAUGGAGUUUCGCAAAACUGGUGGAUUGAUUAAUGGAAUUAGCUAUAGCCAAGUUCUAAGCAAGCAUACAAGUAUUGCAAUCAAUUCAAGUACUAUAUUAAUAGAACCAUUAAUACUCCUGCAAUCAUGUUAUCCAAAAGUUGUCGUUGUCACACAAAAAAAUAAAUUACAACUUUUAGUAUUGAGUCUUGCUAGACAGCUAUGGCUUAAUGGUAUAAGAUGUGAAUAUAGAUUGGCUCCAGUGCAAUAUUUAUCGAUAUUUGUUGAUAAAUUGAAGAAAGGCACACUUGUAGAACUAUUAGUAGUAGUAAUGAAGACAAAUAAACCAACUACAAAUUCACUAUAUAAUGCUUCAAAUAUUUCUAUUGAUGAGAAUGAAUCUGUAGUUAACAGUUUUACAAAUAAUAGCAAUUCUCCACUGCAAUCAACCCUAACAUCAAAUGCAAGUGAAGCAACUAUAGAUCUGAAGUCUGUAUCUUUUCGAUUGGAAUCAAUAGCUUCUCCUUUCCAUGAAAUCAAUAUGAAUGGUGGAAAAAUAAUAUUAGAAAGCGAAGAAGAAGUAAUUAACUAUAUUCAUUCUAGAAGGCGGAAAUAA